ACACGUGCGGAGUGCGGAUUAAACUUUUAUUUUUGUUUAUAAGUUAGUUUUGAAGCAUAAAAAAUUAAUAUUAAUCAAAUGGCAGAGUUUAAGAAAACGAAUGCUAAAGUUUACGCAAAAACUACAACUAUCCAAUCACCGGAUACAAUCUAUUGGAAAAAAUUAGGAGUUCCCACUCUGGUUAAAGAAUUUGGAGCGAUUGACUAUAUUGAUUUUAGUCCGGUGGAGCCGUAUCUGUUUGCUGUCACGGCAUCUGUUCGUGUACAGAUAUACAAUCCGGUCACAAAAUUAGUGGUGAAAAAUAUUACCAAGUUCCAGGAAGGCGCUCAUGGAGGAUCUUUUCGUAAGGACGGUAACCUUUUAGUUGCUGGCGACGACUUGGGAAAGAUACGCUUGUUCGAUGUAUCAUCAAAGUCGAUUUUGCGGUUUUUUGAUGGACAUCGAGCUCCGGUGCAUCGGACCUUUUUCAAUGCAGAUGGGCAUCAUAUUAGCAGUUUCUCAGAUGAUAAAACCGCUCGGUACUGGGACAUUGCGACAGAAAAGCAUUUGAGCACAUUUGCUGAGCAUUCAGACUAUAUUCGUGCUGGUUGCACAAGCCCAGUCAGUCCUAAUAUCAUUGUCUCCGGAGGUUAUGACUGUAAAAUCAACAUGUACGACACGAGAACGAAGGAAAAAGUCUUAAGUUUGGAUAACGGAUGUCCGGUGGAAUCCCUUAUUUUUUUGCCGAGUGGUGGAAUAUUUAUCAGCGCUGGAGGCACUUCAGUGAAUGUUUAUGAUGCUUUGGCUGGAGGAAGAAAAAUUGCGCAACUCUCGCAACACCACAAAACUGUAACCUGCCUUCAGCUGGCCAGUGAUGGUAAACGAUUAAUAUCGGGAAGCUUGGAUAGGCACGUCAAAAUAUAUGAUAUUGCCACCUACCAAGUUGUUCACACAAUAGUCAAUACGAAUGCGGUGUUAAGCUUAGGUGUGUCAAAAAACGACGAUACACUAGUAACUGGAAUGGUUGAUGGUUUAAUAGCUAUUCACCGACGAGAUGGAGAUGAUCGAGAAAAAGAAGAAUCAGAUAAGAGUAUGAGUCGUCGUUCAAAAGGUCGUUUAAGAUACGAAAACAUUUUUGAAAGUUCCGAUGCAAAAAUAACGGAGUUUCGUCACGAUAAAAUUGAACAGUUUGACCGUAUGCUGAAAAAGUACGAAUACAACAAAGCACUGGAUAGCGUAAUGAUUCCUAUUGUAAUGGGCCAACAUCCAGAAAAGACAGUUGCUUUAAUAAAAGAACUUAUUCGACGAAAAGGUCUGCACAGAGCCUUGGCGGAACGAACACAUUCGUUUCUAGUGAGAUUUAUCGGAUUUGUUGUUCGGUAUAUCGGGGACUACAGAUUCACCCCAACAUUAGUAGAUGCCGCAAACAUUCUGCUAGAUGUUUACGAAGAUGAAUUUAGUAAGUUUGCGGGCACAGAGGUUGGUAAAAUGUUUCUAAAUCUCUCUAGAAGACUCAAGAGGGAAGAGCAAAUCAUUAAUGAUUUUCAAGAGGUGCAAGGGCUACUGGAAAUGAUCUCGGCUGCUGCAGAUGUAAGACAACAUUCUAACGAUGAGGAUGAUAAAGAAAAUGUGUUGCUGAAAGAAUUCGAAGCGUCUUCGAGUGCCCAAAAACAAGCUGUUAUCAAUGUUGAUUAAAUAUUUAGACGCACAUAGCGCUAAUAUCAUGAAAUGAAAAACUAUUAAUUUUUCAUUGUGAUACAUGUAAUAUUCGCUUUACUUAACAACUUUUUGUAGUUCACCUAUAC